AUGGCUGAAAUGAGGUCGAAGGAUGCAGUAAUUAAGGAGAUCAAACCAAAGAUUAUAAAUGAAUAUUCUCUUUCCCAGGAAAACGGUUCCUCUCACGAUUCGUGGAAAAGUUUAAUAUCGUCAGCAAAGGACACACCCUUACAGUAUAAUCAUAUGAACCGGGAAACUUUAAAAAAAUACUUCAACCCGAAUGCCCAGCUUAUUGAAAAUUCUCUAGAUGCGCCAAUUCAAUUUAGAGUGUGUGAGAAAUGUGGGAAACCGUUAGCUUUGACAGCAAUUGUGGAUCACCUGGAAAAUCAUUGUACCGGAGUUUCUGGAAAGAAUAACACCAAAGGUGAGAAUACAGAACUUAAAGAUGAAAGCACCAAUGAGACUAUGCACAAUGAAACAGAAUCUACUGGGGUAAAUAAUAACGAUGAUGAUGAUGAUGAUGACGAUGAUGAUGACGAUGACAACGAUGACGACGAUGAUGAUGAUGACGAUGACGAUGAUGACGACGACGACGAUGAUGAUGAUGAUGACGAUGACGACGAUGACGAUGAGAACCCCAACAGUCUUAAUGCCAACGGUAACAACUAUAAGAAAGGCGACUCUUCUUUUAACCCUCUAAAGAGAUCGACAUCUAUGGAUUCAGCUAACACGCCUGGUACAGAUACAAAGAGAUCCAAAACAGGAACUCCUCAGGCCUCCGGUUCUUCUACAAAAAAACAAAAGAAGGUCAAACAAAGAAAUCCUACUGAAAAGCACUUGAUCGACUUUAACAAGCAAUGUGGUGUAGAAUUACCGGAAGGUGGCUAUUGCGCCCGUUCGUUGACAUGCAAAUCUCAUUCGAUGGGUGCGAAGAGGGCCGUUCCUGGUCGUAUCAAACCCUAUGAUGUCUUGCUGGCCGAUUAUCAUAGAGAACAUCAAACAAAAAUUGGUGCAGCAGCUGAGAAGCGUGCUAAGCAACAAGAAUUACAAAAAUUACAAAAGCAAAUACAGAAAGAGCAGAAGAAGCACACCCAACAUCAGAAGCAAGGUCAGAGGUCGAAACAAAGAAACGUUAAUGGUGGAAAGUUUGCUAAAAAUGGUAACAAAAAUUCGUCUCACAACAGUAACAGCAGCAACGAAAUAGGUCAUAUCAACCUGACCCCUGAAGAAGAGACCACACAGGUACUAAACGGUGUAUCCCGAUCUUUUCCAUUGCCAUUAGAGUCAACAGUAGUAUCUUCAGUCAGAUACAGAACUAAGUACUUUAGAAUGAGAGAGAUGUUUGCCUCCUCCUUUUCUGUGAAGCCGGGAUAUACUUCCCCAGGAUAUGGGGCCAUUCAUUCUCGUGUUGGAUGUUUGGAUUUGGACAGAACAACAGAUUACAAAUUUCGUGUUAGAACGCCUCAACCGAUGAGCCAGAUAUCAAACCAAAAUCUCAAUCCGAAACAAAUUCAAAGAUUACAGCAGCAGCGAGCCUUACAGGCGCAACUUCUUUCUCAACAGCAGCAGCAGCAGCAAUUAGCUCAGACUCAGGCUCAGGCUAAUACUCAGCCGCAAAACCAAGGUAUGGCAAUGGGGUCCAAUCAAUUCCCGAAUGGGGCAGGGAAUUCGCCGUUUAAUGCGAAUAUGGUCAACAAACAAGUUCAGCAGCAGCAGCAAAUCCAGCAGCAACAGCAACAGCAACAGCAACAACAGCAACAACAGCAGCAACAGCAACAACAGCAACAACAGCAGCAACAGCAACAACAGCAAAUCCAGCAGCAACAGCAACAGCAACAGCAACAGCAACAGCAACAGCAACAACAGAAGCUUCAGGAUACAGGUCUGACACCACAAGAGAUCCAAUCCCAACAACAAAAACUACGACAACAGCAACUUCAACAACAAAAGUUUGAAGCAGCUGCCUCAUAUCUGGCCAAUGCUACCAAGCUAAUGCAAGAAUCGAAUCAAGAUAGCUACUUACCAAAUAAUAACAAUAACAAUAACAAUAGUAACAACAAUUUGAUGAUGAUGAAAACAUCCAUGGGUUCUCCUAGUACUAGCGUAAACGGUAUGCAGUCUCCUUCUGGUAUGAACAAUACUAAUACUUCGGGGCAAGGCGUCUCCACUGGUAUCAACGGCUCUAAUAAUAGUGGUAGAAUCGAAGUAGGUAUUGGAAACACCAUAAAUCCCUAUAAUGGCAGAGUAAAUUGA